UCCGCGUUGGCCGAGGGGGGGACAUACGCUGUUAUCGCGAUAACAUGCGAGAAUUCCCGGGGCAGGUAGUACGGACGCAUGCUAAUGGCUAACAGCUCAAAGACAUCAAAAUUCAACAGCAAUAUUUUAUUGAAACAUAUUUUAAAUCUAAAAAUGCAGUUUAACCAGCCACAGCUGAUUCUCAUUGUAGAUGAACAUCUACACAGGUGUUACUCCUUCAAUUUCAUUACAAAAGGAGACAACUGCUGAAUAGGUUUGUUUUGUGAUGUAAACAUGGACCCAGCCAGAAAUGGAGAAGUGGCUGAAAGAGGAAGAAGAGUGGCUGGGAGGGGGUGAGGAAUACGUAUGCGUGGUGGAAGAAGAAUAAGAGGAAGAUCAAGAGCUGUAGUCGCAGAUGAGAUCAGAGCUACUGUAAUUGAUCAUGUAGUAAAUCAUGGUCACUCAAUGAGAGAGGCUGGUCAGAGAGUGCAGUCAAAUCUGCAACGCUCUACAGUGGCAUCUAUUGUUAGAGUUUUCCGGCAAGCCAACAGGUAACUUGUAUUCUGCAAGGGCAUUUGCACAUUUCAGAAGUAAAUAAGCUUUUGUGUAAUUGUUGUUGCAUUUCUGCUUAGGACUCAACGGUUACCUCACACAGGAGAGAGAGGAUGGAUGUUCACUGAUGUGCAGGAAACUGUCAUUGUUGAUAUGGUCAUCAGAAACAAUGGGAUAAAACUCACUGAAAUUAGACACAGAGUCUUGGCAGACAACGUUACUUUCACAAAUAUUCACAGUGUAAGCAUAACAACAAUUUCUAGAGUCCUGAAAAAACAUCAGGUCAGGAUGAAACAGUGGUACACUGUGCCUUUUGAGAGGAACUCUGAACAUGUCAAGCAACUCAGGAACCAGUAUGUCCAGAGAGUCAUGGAGAUUGAAGGCAGGCAAACACACCACAUUUUCAUCUUUGUGGAUGAGGCAGGUUUCAACUUGGCCAAAGCACGGCGACGAGGGAGGAAUGUGAUUGGGAAGAGAGCCACAGUGAAUGUCCCGGGCCAGAGGGGUGCCAACAUCACAAUGUGGGCAGCAAUAUCCACUGAUGGACUGCUGUUACACAGACCACUAAUUGGGCCAUACAACACUGAACGGCUCCUUGCGUUCCUGCAUGAUCUCUAUGGAAGGGUUGUGCUAGGUGAGGAAAGGGAUGCGGAGAGAAGGAAUCAGCCAACAUUUAUAACUGUAUGGGACAACGUGGCAUUUCAUCACUCCCGUGCAGUCACCGAGUGGUUUGCAGCCCAUCCCAGAAUGGAGUCUCUUUUCCUCCCACCUUACUCUCCAUUCCUCAACCCCAUAGAGGAAUUCUUUUCCUCAUGGUGGUGGAAGGUUUACGACCAUCAUCCACAUGAUCAAAUGUCCCUCCUGGAUGCAAUGAAUGCUGGAUGCCUGGAGAUAUCAGCAGAAGAUUGCCAGGGAUGGAUCAGGCAUGCCAGAAGAUUCUUUCCUAGGUGUAUUGCCCUAGAUGACAUAAGAUGUGAUGUGGAUGAGAACCUGUGGCCAAAUGGAGAAGACCGAGUAGAUUAGCAUUACUAUUGUAUGUGUAUCAGUGGAUGGUGUGUAUACAAAUCCUUGUAUUUUGGGAUUACUCAGUGCAAAAAAAUAAAAAUACAUA